GGAUAUUAGUGAACAGUCCCGAAUCCGCCUGGGGAGGCUAGUGAACAAUAGUGAAUCCUUACGCGGAAGCUAGUGCACCGCUGCGAAUCCUCGCGUGGGUACGAGUGAAUUCUCGCGAGUCCUGCUGAAAUGGUCUGCGGGAAUGGGAUUUGCAAGUCUUGUGAGCUGGAUUUGACACGUGUCUCUGUCUGUCUGUCCCUGCUGUUUGUCUUCGCUUCUCCUCAGGGUCAGACUGCCAACACCAGGCCGUCUGCGAGGGCUGCCAGCGGCCCAUUUCGGACCGCUUUCUGAUGCGCGUCAACGAAUCCUCCUGGCACGAAGAGUGUCUACAGUGCGCCGUGUGUCAGCAAGCUCUCACGACCAGCUGCUACUUCCGGGAUCGCAAACUCUACUGCAAGCAAGACUACCAACAAUUGUUUGCAGCGAAGUGCAGCGGCUGCAUGGAGAAAAUCGCCCCGACCGAGUUCGUGAUGCGGGCGCUGGAGUGCGUGUACCAUUUGAGCUGCUUCUGCUGCUGCGUGUGCGAGCGGCAGCUGAGGAAAGGGGACGAGUUUGUCCUGAAGGAAGGCCAGCUGCUCUGCAAAAGCGACUAUGAAAAGGAGAAAGAUUUGCUCAGCUCCGUCAGUCCAGAUGAUUCCGAUUCAGUUAAAAGUGAUGACGAAGAUGGCGACGUCAAACCCACGAAGGGACAAGCAAACCCAGGGAAGGGUGGUGACGACGGGAAAGAUCCCAGGAGACCAAAGCGGCCACGGACUAUACUUACCACACAACAGAGAAGAGCUUUUAAAGCCUCCUUCGAAGUAUCUUCCAAGCCUUGUAGGAAGGUAAGGGAGACGCUAGCAGCUGAAACUGGUCUCAGCGUCCGAGUUGUCCAGGUGUGGUUUCAGAAUCAAAGAGCAAAGAUGAAGAAAUUGGCUCGGCGGCACCAGCAACAGCAGGAGCAGCAGAAUUCCCAGCGCCUAGGUCAAGAAGUAAUGUCUAACCGGAUGGAAGGGAUGAUGACCUCCUAUACGCCACUAGCGCCACCACAACAGCAGAUCGUCACGAUGGAUCAAAGCAACUAUGCCACUGACCCCUUCCAGCAAGGUCUCACCCCACCACAAAUGCCAGGUGACCACAUGAACCCCUAUGGAAACGACUCCAUUUUCCACGACAUCGACAGCGAUACCUCUUUAACUAGCUUGAGCGACUGUUUUCUGGCCUCGUCGGAGGUGAACUCCAUGCAGGCUAGGGUAGGCAACCCCAUUGACAGGCUGUACUCUAUGCAGAGCUCCUAUUUUGCCUCAUGAAACACAAAGGAAAACUGACCGACUGAAAAGAAAGCCGACUCUUUUUUUGUGUGUGUGAGUGACUUUUCCCCUCCCCUGGUCUCAGCUCAGACUCUACAGCCAUAUUUUUUCCUCAGCACUUCCUUCACGCUGACUUCGGGCACUGUGACGACAGGAGUAUUACAUUGAGGAAGACUCUACAAUCGUAUUCAAAAUGGAAAAGCAGCCGCCGGUUCCCCUCAGAGUGACGCCCCCAGCGUCAGGCCGAAGAGAAAAACAGGGACGGAGACAACCAUGUGGGCCCACGGCUUCAACCCUCAGCUUGGUUUCUUGGUUACCACCCCAAAGGAAAUAAGUAUUUGCCGAGAGCUUCGCCGUUUGGAUCGCUUUUGAACACAUGAAGCCACCAGUCACCGCCAUUUUGGUUUGGCCAACAUGACACAAAUCCACUGGAGAAAGCCUUCCCCUUUUCCUUCCUGCAUGUUUCGCCUUUAGUUACGGAUCAAUGGCCUUCUGAACUGUGAGAUGUUUUAAUGUAACUGUGACCCCUUGAACAGUCGUUCCUUUUCGAUCCUUCCCCCCCACCCCUUGUGCUCUCCAUAAAACCCUUGACCCUG